AUGAAUGUAAUAGAAGAUGAUACUGAUCUAUUAUGUUGGCCAAUACAAUGUACAAUACAACAUUUAACGUUAUUGGACUGUUAUUCAAACCAUUUUUCGAUUAUUUUUCAUCAUUUUUCUUGUCUACGUACAUUAUUUAUUAAUUAUUGUAAUUUAAUCGAUUAUGAUGAACCAAGUAUUAAAAUCUCUAAUCUCGUACCAAUGCAACAAUUAAUUUCACUCACAAUGAAAAAUGGUAGUUUAGAUAUGGAUAAAAUUAAAAUAAUUCUUUCAAAUACAUCUCCAUUAAUACAUCUUCGAUUGAUUGGUGAAGUAGAUCGAAUCGAUUUCCCAUGGGAACAAUUUAUUAAAACAAAAUUACCAAUGUUAAAUAAAUUUGAAUUUGUUUUUAAUAAGAAAGUCGAUAUUGAUUAUCGUUCAAUCAAUGUUCGAUGA